AUGGUCCUGGAGGAUAACGAGGGUGACUCUGUCUUUGAGCCCCAGAUCACUGAGGAGCACAUCGACACUACAUAUGGGAAUGUCCACUGCAUCAUGACAGGGACGCCCAAGGCAAACCGACCUGUCAUCCUGACUUAUCAUGAUAUUGGACUGAACCACAAGUCAUGUUUUGAGCCUCUGUUCAACCAUCUAGACAUGCAGGAAAUAGUCAAACAUAUGCCUGUUUGCCAUGUUGAAGCACCAGGACAACAUGAGGGAGCUAAAACUCUCCCUUCCUCGUAUACCUACCCUACCAUGGACCAGCUGUCUGAAGCACUGCCCGCUGUCCUCAAACACUUUGGGCUGCGUAGUGUGAUUGGGAUGGGAGUUGGAGCUGGAGCCUACAUUCUGGCUAAAUUUGCUCUGAAUCACCCUGAUAUGGUGGAUGGACUGGUUCUCAUCAACAUCAACCCCACCGCUGACGGACUAAUGGGUAGUGUUGCAAACAAGCUCACUGAAUGGACCCACACUCUCCCUGACACAGUCAUCACCCACUUAUUUGGAAAGGAGGAGAUCGAGACCAACCAUGACCUCAUAGCAACAUACCGGCACCACAUAACAACAACGAUGAACCAGACCAAUGUGAGUCAGUUCAUCCGCUCCUACAACAGCCGCAACGCUCUGGAGGUGGAGAGGCCUAUUCCCGGGGCAAACAUCACUGCCAGGACACUCAAGUGCGCCACUCUGCUGGUUGUAGGAGAUCAUUCUCCAGCUGUGGAGGCUGUGGUCGACUGCAACUCCAAACUCAACCCCACAAAGACAACACUGCUCAAGAUGGCGGACUGUGGAGGACUUCCUCAAGUGGAUCAGCCAGCCAAAGUGAUUGAAGCCUUGAAAUAUUUCAUCCAGGGCAUGGGAUACUUGUCCAGUGCCAGCAUGACCAGACUUCGCUCCCGGACAGCCUCCAGCUCCAGCAUCACGUCCAUGGAUGGCUCUCGGAGCCGCUCACACACCAACGAGCUGCAGCGUGGACGGACACUCUCACAUGGCACGGAGGACAAACGUGGGCGCUCACACACUGAUGUCUCUAUGGAGAACAUCUCCAACAAUCACAUCGAUCAGAGCAUCACAAAGUCCACUGAAGUGACGUGCUAGAGUGCGCUCUGCCCUAAAUCCCAUGCACUUAACUCAAAUUAUACCUCACUAUAGCUUUAUCAUACAUACUGUAUUUACCUACCUCUGCCCUCUUCAUCCUACCAUGCCCUUUCAUCUGCACUAUUCAUCCUAUAUACUCAUAUAUAUGUGAAGUUCUGUGUCUUUCCCGUCUAUUCCUGGCUUCCUAGUCUCUCCAUGUAACCGCUCUCCUCCUCCUCAGCCUAUAGCCUCAAGCCCUUACCUAUUUCUGUAUGUCUCCACCUAUGUGUUUUCCCUGUUGAUGUACCUAUUCCUGUAUAAUGUACUGAUGUUUACUUUCCUUUAUUUUCUUCUCAUAGUCUCUCCCCUGCCCCCUGAUCUUGUACUAGAGAUUUGGCUGCAGGCUUCCGUUCUCUUUUUAAUAAUAGCCUAUACAACACAUGAGAUAAUCAUGAAAGAAUAAAUGUAUUCACUGAUCUAUUUUUAGGCUGAAAUGGGUUUAUGCAAAACUCAGAUGAACAUUCAUUUAUAAUUAGUCAAAUCAAAAUGUAAAGAUAUAGGCUGUUUAUAGACUAUUUCAACCAUUUUCUGUAGUGUAACAGCUGGAUGUUCAUAACUGUAGGAAUGUUUAUGUAUAACGAUGACAGCCGUGUAAUAUUAACUACAGGACUUUGUUAUGAAGUUUUAGUUCAUAAAAUGUUUUAAACCUGUGGGAAAUAAAGUGACAUUAUUAUUAUUAUUAUUAUU